CGUGACAUAGUCGGAAGCAUUUCUAGGUUGAGCCAAGCUAACUUCCGGUUGUCAUUCAACGAGCACGGCAGUUUGCUUCUCCUCAGCUCUUCAAAGACUGUAAGGAGCUGGAUUUUGAGACCAGACAUCAUGACCCUGUUUCACUUCGGGAACUGCUUUGCCCUCGCCUAUUUCCCUUACUUUAUAACGUACAAGUGCAGUGGCCUCUCAGAGUACAAUGCCUUCUGGAGAUGUGUCCAGGCUGGCGCGACCUACCUGUUUGUCCAACUCUGUAAGAUGCUGUUCCUUGCCACAUUUUUCCCCACAUGGGAAGGAGGAGCUGGAGUUUAUGACUUCAUAGGGGAAUUUAUGAAGGCAACAGUGGACACUGCAGACCUGUUGGGUCUCCAUCUUGUGAUGUCUCGUAAUGCCGGUAAAGGGGAGUACAAGAUCAUGGUGGCUGCCAUGGGCUGGGCAACAGCAGAACUUGUGAUGUCUAGGUGCCUUCCUCUGUGGGUGGGAGCCAGAGGGAUUGAGUUUGACUGGAAAUACAUCCAGAUGAGCUUUGACUCUAACAUUAGUUUGGUCCAUUAUAUUGCCAUGGCAGCAGUGGUGUGGAUGUUCACACGAUAUGACCUUCCUAAGAGUUUCAGGCUUCCUGUUACGGUGCUGCUGGCUCUCUGUGUCUACAAGGCCUUCCUAAUGGAGUUGUUUGUCCAUGUCUUUCUGCUGGGCAGUUGGACAGUGUUGUUGGUGAAAGCUGUGCUGACUGGUGCCAUCUCUCUCUGCUCACUGUUCCUUUUCGUCACUCUGGUCCACAGCAACUAAGUACAACUCAGCACCCUGAGAUAAGCCUGCAGCAGUCUUAUUGGUCCCGACCUGACCCGGGUUGUGAUAGAUAGAAGCCGACUCCCUGAUACCUUUUCAGUCUAAAUAUCACCA